AUGGUCAACAGGAACUUGUACGAAUCCUUGACAGGGGACGCGUUCAAGGGUGUCGCAAAAAAUGAGGGUGACCGGUGGGACCUCUCUCUUAGUGUUCGGCCUUCCAAGAACUCUCUGGAUGACUUGGAGACAAUCUUGGGAACUAUGAUUUUGGUGAAGGUCCCUGCAGAGGAAUCCAAAACUAUCUUGCGCCAUUGGAUUCGUACCACCAUCGACGAGCGCCAAAAAAUCAAGGUUUUGAGCGAGAGUCUCAAGGAAACGGUGUCUAGCUUGGACAGACAAUACAGCGAAUGCAAGGAACUCUUGGAGGAUUUCAAAGAAAGCAAAUUGCGCGCUCAGGACGAUAUGCUUGAGAAGUUCCGGUUGCUGAUCAACACAAAGAAGGAGAAAAUCGGUCAAUUGGUCAAGGCAAACACAAAACUCGAGGACAAGGUGGAGAAAUUGCAGACUGCACUGCGGGAAGAGCGUCGACAGAAGGCCAUUCUGGAGGGUAAAGAUAUUCCUAAGGACGAAAUUGAUCUUGUGGACAUCAAGGAGAAGGACGAUUCGGAUCAGGAGGAUUUGACUGCGGCUCAGAAUGGCACUAGUCGUGGAAAAGGACGCGGUAGGGGACGAGGGAGAGGACGCGGCCGUGGCCGGGGAAGAGGUGCAGAAGUUGUUGAAGAAGACUCUGACGAUGGAACUCCAGAGCCCAAGAAAUCGACCGUCAGACCUCGGCGAGCUGUACCAAAGAAGGAGCAUGAUACCAAGACUCAAUUUGAAGAUGCCGUGGAGCCAGGGCUUGAAGAGCAUGAACUGCUGCCCCACCCUCAAGAUGGAUAUGGCUGGGAUGAAAGUGGGGCUGAUGCUCAGGACAAUGGUGAUCAGGAGGAGGAAUCGCUUGUUCGACGAAGAACUCGACACGCUCAGUCUGAUUCUGGUGCAAGCUCAUCCAAGGAUCAUAAUGGUGGCGCUCAAGAUAUCAUGAACCGCGUCACCAAAGCCGCCAACCUUGGAUCUACAAAAGGUCCCAGUCCUUCCGAGAGUGCGUCUUCGUCAAGAGCAUCAUCUCCAGUACCACUAUAUUCCAAGACACAUGUCAUCAAGCGGGAAGAGUCUGACUCAGCGAAAAAACUCCUUCUAGCAAACCAUCAGAACAAGAAUGGUAGCAACGGCAACUGUGACGAUGACGACGAUGUGGCGAUGAAGAUUGAACCAAAGGAGCCGAUUCGUGGUCGGAUUGUUGCAGCGGUCAGGAAGAGACAUCGGGAAGGGAGCAAUGACAGCGGCAGAAGCCACACCAGCACGAGUGACACUAGUAUGCGAAAGAGCCCUACUGAGACCAACUCCCGUCGCGUUAUCGGAAUACGCAAGUCAGGUACGAGCAAGACGCCGGCGGUGAAGCACACGUUCGAUGCGACACCAGGUCCGUCUUUGCGAUCUGAGUCUUCAACUGAGGGUCAAGGAUCGAGUAGAGAUCCCAAGCGCCUGAGACUGUCGCGACUUAAAGAUUCGGAUGCGACGCCCUUAUCGGUCGAGGAGCUGUUCAAGGGCAUGGAGUGA